GUUAAACUUAUAAAUUUAAAAAAAUUUUAUGUGAUAUAUAGCAUUUAUUGAAAUAAUGAAGAACAGUAACAUGAAGAAACCUAUUACUUAUGUUUAUGAAUUGCCAUAUAGAGAACGUAAGAAAUUCUGUGAUAUAAUGGACAUGAAUGAAAAAUGGGAAGAACUAGGAGGAAAUUAUAUGAAAUUUGAUAAUGCUACUAUUUACAAAAUAAGUAAAGCUCCCAUGCGUAAUCAUUCUCCUACCGAUGAACUUUUGACUUUGUGGGGUGAACAAAAUCAUUCAAUAAUAGAACUAUUUUAUAUUUUAUAUAAAAUGCAACAUUAUCAAGCAAUGGCUAUACUUAAAGAGUUUGUUGAUCAAAAAUAUCAUUAUGUACUUAAUCAAAGUAAUAAUUUAAGCUUCAAUAACUUUGUUAAAUGUGAGAAUGGAAGUAAUUUACAGUUUACACAGAAUGUUGGUAAUCAUAUUCAAUUUAAUUCUGACGGUAAUCAAAGGAGAGAUAUUAAUUUACAACAUGAAGAUUUAAAUACAUUAGGCAAUGCAAAUAAAAACAUCAUCUCGGAGUCAUCUGUUAUGCUCUCAUUUGCUGAAGCAUGUACACCUUUGAUAACAUAUAAAGAAUUAGAAUUAGCAACCAACUAUUGGAGUAAUAGUUGUAUUUUGGGGAAAGGUGGUUUUGGAGUUGUUUUUAAAGGAAUAUGGAAAAACACCGCAGUUGCUGUCAAACGUAUCGAACCUCGGAAAGGAGCAGAUAAAAAAUUUGAUAAUUUAGAUGCUCAAAGAGAAUCUUUAUUAGAACUUCAAUAUUUAAGCUCUUGUCGACAUGACAAUAUUUUACCUCUUUAUGGAUUUAGUAUUGGUGGUGAAAAACCAUGUUUAGUUUUUCAAUAUAUGAUUAAUGGAUCCCUUGAGGAUAGAUUACAAUGUCGGAAUGGAACUGAACCUUUAAUAUGGUACAUUCGUUUUAAAAUUGCAACAGGAACAGCUAGAGGAUUGCAGUACUUACAUAAAAUGGAUAAACCAUUAAUUCAUGGUGAUAUUAAAAGUGGAAAUAUUCUUUUGGAUCAAUAUUUUGAACCACGAAUUGGUGACUUUGGAUUGGCUCGUGAAGGACCUCUUCAAGAAUACACUCAUGUGGACGUUACCCAUGUUUAUGGAACAAAGCCAUACCUGCCAGAUGAGUUUUUGAGAGGCAAAAAAUUUUCCACUAAAGUUGAUACUUAUAGUUUUGGAGUGGUACUCUUUGAAAUUGCUACUGGAUUAAGAGCACAAGACAGUACGAGAAAUCCUAAAUAUUUAAAAGACUAUGUUGAGAAUUAUAAUUUACAAAUUUCAAAUAUUGCUGAUAAGAAGGCAGGACCUGACGAAAAAAAAGUGUUUGAAUUUCUCAUGUCUAUUGGCAAAAACUGUGUUAGUUAUAAACCUAAAGACCGUCCAGAAAUGGAACAAGUGUUCAGACAGUUGGAGUCUGAUAUGCUACAAAAAAAAAUGUUAUCUACUAGUAGUAUAACUACAUUUCGUGAGAUACCAAAGGAAAAACAAUCAACACCAUCCAAGGAGCUGUACACUAAUCCUGUUGAUGGAAAUGAAGGCAUAAUUAUACCUUCAAUUGAAAAAAAUGACAAUUAUGAAAAAUCACUAACUUACUCAACUUCAACUGAAUCUGAAUUUACUGAAGUAUUACAUUCCAACAAUAAAUUUCUACCUGAAUGUCAGUUGACCGAUGAAAAGAAUAAUGAUAUGACUAUCAAAAAUAAAGCUUUAAUUAGUAAGCGAAAUAAUUGUAAUGAUUGGAAAUAUAUUUCUGAAGAAAAAAAUGAAUUACCAUUAGUGACAGAAUUGCUUGAACAGUCAAAAGAAAAUUAAAGAAUACAUUUUUUUUUUACCGAUACAUAUUAUA